GUAUCAGAUCUCUGUGCAGUAGUAAUGUCUCUCAUCGGGAAGCCAAACCUGCUGGAGGAAUAAAAAAUGUUGUUUUGGUGGAAGGAGUUCGAACACCGUUUCUGGUAUCAGGGACAGAUUACAACAGCAUCAUGGCUCAUGAUUUGCAACGUCAUGCAUACUUAGCACUACUGCGACGAACUGGUAUUCCUAAAGAGUAUAUAGAGUAUAUUGUUGUUGGUACUGUGAUACAAGAAGUCAAAACAAGUAACAUUGCUCGAGAAGCAUCUUUAGGUGCUGGAUUUUCUCUUAAGACACCAGCACAUACUGUUACUCAAGCAUGUAUAUCAGCAAAUCAAGCAAUUACCACAGCCAUUGGUCAACUAAGUUCUGGUCAAAUUGAUGUAGCCCUUGCUGGGGGAGUGGAGUUUCUUUCUGAUGUGCCAAUUCGAUUUAAUCGUUCGAUGCGAAAACUCAUGUUAUCUGCUAACAAAGCCAAAACAGCCAUGCAAAAACUUAACCUCCUUUUAAAAUUUCGCCCUGGGUUUCUAGCACCUGAGUUGCCUGGUGUAGCAGAAUUCUCUACUGGUGAAACUAUGGGCCAUUCAGGCGAUAGAUUAGCUGCUUCAUUCAAUGUUUCACGAAGAGAACAAGAUGAAUAUGCUUUAAGAUCACAUACUCUGGCUGAUAAAGCUGCACGAGAUGGGUUACUUGUUGAUCUUGAACCAAUUACGGUACCAGGCAAAGAUAAACCUAUAGAUAGAGAUAAUGGAGUCAGAGUAUCUUCACUGGAUCAAAUGGCUAAACUGAAGCCAGCUUUUAUUCGUCCCCAUGGAACAGUAACUGCUGCAAAUGCAUCCUUUCUGACAGAUGGUGCUACAGCAUGUUUGCUCAUGACAGAAGAAAAAGCACUUUCUUUAGGUUUAAAGCCGAAAGCUUACUUAAGGCAAUAUGUUUACACAGCACAAGAUCCAAAAGAUCAACUAUUACUCGGUCCAACAUAUUCAACUUCAAAGAUAUUGGAUAAAACAGGAUUAACCAUAAAAGAUAUAGAUGUUUUUGAGUUCCAUGAAGCUUUUGCUGGACAAAUUUUAGCAAAUUUUAAGGCUAUGGAUUCUGAAUGGUUUGCUCAAAAUUACAUCAAUCGACAGAAAAAGGUUGGAGUUCCUCCACUUGAAAAAUUCAAUAACUGGGGAGGAUCGCUGUCAUUGGGUCAUCCUUUUGGUGCCACAGGUGUAAGAUUAGUGACAACAGCUGCUAAUCGUUUAAUUAAAGAAGAUGGCAAGUAUGCUUUAGUUGCAGCAUGUGCUGCUGGUGGACUGGGUCAUGGAAUGAUUGUUGAACGCUAUCCACAGUGACUUACUUCAAAUCAGUUUUAAACUACAUGUAUAUAUUUUUAUAAAACAAUUUUAUAAUUGAAUUGUUAAACAAGUGUGUGUUUGCUUUGCAAUAUAUUAAUUAUUAAAUGUAAAAUAAAUCAUGCAUCAAAAUAUGCUGAAAGUAAUUGAAAUCACAUAGCUAUGUAUUUAUUUAUUGCUUUCUUGAAAUACUGCAAGUGCUGGUAAACACUGAAAUUAUUUUUAUAUUCUGUAUUGUUAAAUAAAAAAAUUCAUUU